AUGGUGCAGAUUAGCGAAGUUAAUGAAAAUCAAGCAUCUCAAAGAGAGAAUAGAACAGCUGCACACACACACAUCAAAGGUCUUGGAUUAAACGAGCACGGUGUUGCAAAGAAUAUCGAUGGAGGAUUCGUUGGCCAAAAGGAUGCAAGAGAGGCUUGCGGAAUCAUUGUUGACUUGAUCAAGAGCAAGCGUAUGUCUGGUAAAGCAGUGCUCAUUGCUGGACCACCGGCUACAGGUAAAACUGCUCUCGCGUUGGCAGUCUCACAAGAAUUGGGUCCAAAGGUUCCAUUUUGUCCCAUUGUUGGUUCAGAACUUUACUCUGCCGAAGUGAAAAAGACAAGUGCGUUGAUGGAGAACUUUAGAAAAGCCAUUGGUUUGAGAAUUAAAGAAACCAAGGAAGUUUACGAAGGUGAAGUUAUUGAAUUGACACCAGAGGAGGCAGAAAACCCAUUAGGAGGAUAUGGUAAAACAAUUAGUCAUGUCAUUGUUGGAUUAAGAACAGCAAAGGGUACAAAAAACCUCAGGUUGGAUCCAAGCAUCUACGAGUCCUUGCAAAAGGAAAGAGUCACUGUGGGUGAUGUUAUAUACAUAGAGUCCAAUACAGGUGCAGUGAAACGUGUUGGUCGUUCAGAUGCAUACGCCACCGAGUUCGACUUGGAGGCAGAAGAAUAUGUGCCAUUACCAAAAGGUGAAGUGCACAAGAAGAAGGAGAUUGUGCAAGAUGUGACAUUGCACGAUCUUGAUGUGGCGAAUGCCAGACCACAAGGUGGGCAAGAUGUGUUGAGUAUGAUGGGCCAAUUAUUGAAACCUAAAAAGACAGAAAUCACUGAUAAGUUAAGAAGCGAGGUGAAUAAAGUGGUUUCGAAAUAUAUCGAUCAAGGUGUAGCCGAGUUGAUUCCUGGUGUUUUGUUUAUCGACGAGGUGAAUAUGCUUGAUAUGGAAAUUUUCACAUACUUGAACAAAGCCUUGGAAAGCAGUAUUGCUCCAUUAGUGAUACUUGCCUCAAAUCGAGGAUUGACCACUGUGAAGGGCUCGGAUGACCCAGAUAUCAAAGCGCCACACGGUAUUCCACCAGACCUUGUCGAUAGAUUGCUUAUCGUAAGAACAUUGCCAUACAACUUUGACGAGACCAAAAUCAUCAUAUCCAAGAGAGCACAAUUGGAGAAUGUUCUCAUUGCAGUCGACGCAUUGACAAAGUUGGCUGAAAAAGGUGUAAAUACCUCGUUGAGGUACUCCUUACAGCUAUUGACUCCUGCUAGUAUCUUGAGCACCACUGCCGGUCGUGCUGAGAUUAAUGUGCAAGAUAUCGAGGAUUGCGAGUUAUUGUUCUUGGACUCUACUCGCUCAACAAAGGUGUUGACAGAGACAAAAACUUUUUUGUAA